GGCCAUGCCAUGCCAUUGUAUAUAUGUAUGAGCUCCUCCUCUUCAAAACCUUUGUGUAUACAUCUCUCUCUCUCUCUCUCUCUCUCUCUCUCUCUCUCUCUCUAGUAUAUAUUAGGGCUACAAAUAUAUAUAAGGAAGUUGCUUAGCUUGAACUCUUCUUUAAGCUCUCCAUUAACACAUAUAUAUAUAUAUAUACACAUACAUGGCGACACGAAAACCACGUCGGUCGCGCCGCUCUCGAACCGAUACGCAUUCGAUCCGCGCCACGCGACACCAUGCAGCAACAAGAGCAAGAAGAAGGUUCAAGAAGCAGAUGGCAAAGACCAAAAGAGCAGGUACUGGAGCCACCACCCUAAUUACUACUAUGUUGAAGAUGACUAGGGGGAGGGCUCUUCUAGAAGGUUCUAGAGAGCCCGUCGACGCGCGGCUUGUCGAGCGGAAGGUCGGGGAGCUGAGGCGGCUCGUGCCGCAGCGCUGCGGGGACGACGAGUCGGUCGGUCUCGAGGGGCUUCUGCGCGUCGCAGCGGAUUACGUAAUGUGGCUUGAGAUGCAGGUGAAGGUGAUGAAGAUCAUGCUCAGUGUGUUUUCUCCAAAGCGAUAGUGUAAUAAUAAUACUAUUUCUAUGAUUAAU